AUGUUAUACCUAUUUAUCAGUGCUGAAUUAUCUGAAAAUGUUAAGAAACUGUAUGUAGAUGAUACCGAAGUUAGUCCCGCUGAGUAUUCUUUUAAAUUAAAAUGUACUAAAUGUGGUGAAGAUGCUGAAAAAGUAAUUAAUUUCAAUUUAUUCGAAAAACAUGAAAUUCAAGGUGGUAAAAGUGAAGCUACUUUUACUAUGAAAUGUAAAUUCUGUGAAAGUGAUAAUAAUAUUAUGGCCAAUGCAUUUGAACCAUGUCUCUUUGCACAACAGGAAGAACAUAGUGAUAAUGAUAAGAGAAAGAAAUAUGGUUUAAAUGGGAAUAAAAUAGAUAUUAAUAAUUUUGCUGCCAUCAUGCAAUUGGAUUCAAGAGGUUGGGAAAUUAUUGAUUUCUUGUAUACUGCAUUACCAUUCAAAGCGGAAUUGAAUUCAGGAAAAAUUAUGGAUUGUCAAUUUGAAGACGAUGGUUCAUGGUAUGAUUAUGAUGAUGACUCAAGUGAAGAGGUUUAUAUUACUGAUUUUAAUUAUAAAAUCGAAAAGGGUAAAUAA